CUAUAUAUCCCGGUUAUAUUCAAGCCAGUUCAUAUCCUGACCGCUUCCACCAUGAACAAUCUCGUCAAGUCCUUCCAACUUUUCGUCGUUUUAUUAUUCAGUGCCUCGAGCUUUACGCACGCCGGUAACGUGCUCGUGUUACCGGGAGAAUACAGUCACUGGCACAACAUGCGCAACAUCGUGGACGAGCUGAUGAAGCGAAACCACAGCGUGACGGUUUUGGUGAGCACGGCGUCUCCGACCGUCAACUUCAGACAGAAGGAGAGCUUUGAGUUUCUGGUGUUUAAUGUGUCUCUAGAGGCCCACGAGCUGCACAGUAUCAGCGAAAACAUACUGAAUGUCUGGAUGCAGUACCCGAGACCGAACCCGGUCCGUUUUGGUCUGCAGAUCCUGGAUCUGAUGGGCAAAGUGCAAGCGAUGUACCCGACAAUGUGCGACGGCAUACUGCGUAACGACGAGCUGAUCGGUCGUUUGAAGGCUUUGGAGUUUGAUGUGCUCUUGUAUGAUCCGAUGGCCAUGUGCAGUGAUCUGCUGGCUGAGAUUUUGGAUCUGCCGUUUGUGAUUUCUUUGAGGAUUUCUCUUGGUUUUUCUAUGGAGAGGUUGUGUGGACAGAUGCCCGCACCGCCCUCGUAUGUCCCGGUUCCUCCGACAGUGAUGACAGAUCACAUGAGUUUCACUGAGAGACUGAAGAAUAUCAUCAUGCUUGCGGUUUAUUCAUCUGCAUUUACGAUGGCAUCUCGCAGUAUGGAUCGUUAUUACAGUGAAAUAUUAGGUAAAGUCAGAUCUCACAGCAUAUUAUAGGCUAGAAAAUCCAGC